AAUUUUAGUUGUUUUAAACAUUAUCUAAUCCUAUAUGACUUUUAUAUUCUCAUCAUUAGCAGUGUUGAUAUGCUGUCUCUUUUCUUUCAGAGAGCAGUGAUGAAUUUCCCCUCCAACUGGAUGCCUUCAGCUCCACUCAUGGACGGAGGGAUACCUGACGCAGGAAUCAGUAUCAAAGAAGAGGUCACUGAAGACAUCACUGAGGAGAACUCUGUAGAAAUAAAGGAAGAACCACUUGAUUAUGUUGAUGAGUCAAGGGAUGAAGAGAUUAAGGCAAAAAUGAAGUACGAAAUUCCUUUCUUUGAGGAUGUUCAAAAUGUCAAACAUGAAGCAAAUGAAAAAAAAUCAACAGCACCAUUUGUUGUUGAAGAAUAUGGCAACAAUUGCUUGUCUGUUGGUGAUAAGGCAACACAUGAGGAAAGUCAUGAGGUUACUCAUCGAAAAGCAAUUGAAAAAAGGAAACGCAUUGCCUGUGAAGUGUGUGACAAGAAAUUCAUUGGUAAUAGUAAUCUUUUGAUUCACAUGAGAGUACACACAAAGGAGAAGCCAUAUAUCUGUGAGAUUUGCAGCAAGGCCUUCUCGCAAAAAAUUAAUCUAGAAAGGCACAUGAAAGUUCAUACAAAGGAGAGGCCAUUUAUCUGUGAGAUUUGCAAUAAGGCCUUCUCACUGAAAAGUCACCUGAUGUACCAUAUUAGAGUCCACACAAAGGAGAAGCCCUAUAGCUGUGAGAUUUGCAACAAGGCCUUCUCGCAGAAAAAUAUUCUUGUGAGGCAUAUAAGAGUACAUACAAAGGAGAAGCCCUAUAUCUGUGAGAUUUGCAGCAAGGCCUUCAUACAGAAAAGUAUUCUUGUAGGGCACAUGAGAGUACAUACAGAGGAGAAGCCAUAUAUCUGUGAUAUUUGUGAGAAAGCUUUCUCAAUGAAAAAUAAUCUAGUAAAACACAAGCGCGUACACACAAAGGAAAGGCCAUAUACCUGUGAGAUUUGUAGUAAAGCCUUCUCACUGAGAAGUAAUCUAGUGAAACAUACGCGAGUACAUACAAAGGAGAAGCCCCACAGGUGUGAUGUUUGCAGUAAGACCUUCUCAGCAAAAAUUAUUCUUGUAAGGCACAAGGGAUUACAUACAAAGGUGAAUCCACAGGGCUGUAAGGAUUGCCAGGAGUCAUUCCCAUCCAAAAAUAAUCUAGUAAGUCACUUACAAGUACAUUUAAAGUAGAACUAUUAGACAGUCACCUGGGGAAAAAAUAAUAUGAGUGCAUAGAGCAUACAAGAUUUAUAUUUGUGCAUUUGUAGGAAUACAUUCGCUCAGAGAAGCAAUCUAGUGAGACAUGAAGCUACAAGGAUAUUUGCAAGGAACAUUCAUCCUGUUGACAUUAUGGGGGAGAAAUUAUUCUAGAUUAUGGAAAUUAUUUUUUUUAUUGAACAUAUAUAUUGCAGAUAAUAUUCUCAAAGUAUAGGUUUUUAGUGGAUUAAACUUUCAUGUGUUAUGAAUUUUAGUCUCCAUAGCUAACAGGGUUUGAUUUUCAAAGAAAUUUCUCUUACAUAGGUGUACAGUUAUGGCUUCUGUCACUGACUGAGGGUAGUGAGCAUACACAGCCACUGCUAUCCAAUGUUGCAAGAAGUUGCUCUUCCUCCUCCUUUCUCCUCCUCCUCACUGGAGGGAAAGUCGUUGGCUAUUUGGAAGCAGUUCUGGUGAUUAAAAUGAAUGUUUCAGCUCCCAGCAGAAUUUUGUUAUCUUAACCAUGCAUUGCUUUAGCCUGCUGAAUAUGAGUCACCCAGAUGGGCAUCCACAAGUCUUCAGUCUUUUGGCACUAUGCUAGUCUCAAAGAUUGGUAUAAUGCCAUUUCUCUCUAGCAUACUUCCCUUAUAAUAAUGGAUUAAAGAGAAUUUUACCUUGCAAAAGUAUUACAGAGUUCCUUUUUUAUCUUGUCUUUUUUGUACAUUGAAUCAGAUUAUUCUAGGUUGAUACUACAUUGCCAUAAUUGUGCAAAAUGGCAAUUAGUGAUGAAUGGUGGCUUACCAAAAUUUUAUAUUGCUAAAGCAUGACAGGGGUAUUUUUUAUCUUGUAUUUUAUUGAUUUUUCCUUUGUUGAAAGGAAAUAACCUGACAUGGUAGAACCUGAUGUGAUAAGGCUUUUUGUGUAUGUGUGUGUGUGUGUGUGUGUGUGUGUGUGUGUGUGUGUGUGUGUGUGUGUGUGUGUGUGUGUGUGUGUGUGUAUGUGUGUGUGUAUAUAAAACUGCUAUAAUGUGCAUUUAUGGUGGACAUUUAUAUAAAAGGAAUAUAUACAGAUAGUCCCCUACUUAAGAACAUUCCAUACAUACAAACAAAUUUUUUUAAGUACUGAAGUCCAAAAAAUUGUUUGAAAGAUGCUAGCAAACUUCAAAUUUCCCUGGCACGAAUAUAGUUCAAGAGUCUGGUACUGUAUAAGGUAUGUCAUACUCAUUGGGAUUUAUUUACAGGUAUUCUUAAUGUAAACAAAACUUUAAAACAAUGGGAAAAAAGGUAACGGAGACCCGACUUUCGACAUACAAACAAAUCAACUUACAAACAGCCUCUCGGUCUGCAUUAUGUUCUUAAAUUGGGGACUUACUGUAAAUGACUACAUACUUUGAUUUCAAAAUGUCAGUAAUAUAACUACAGCAAUUAAAUAAUAAAAUCAGUAUAAACUUUCUGCCUACAAGUUUUUCUAAUGCUACAGAGCCAUUCUCCUGCCACAGUACUUGGAACAAAAAGAACUAAUAAUAUCAUCAUUGACAUUAUAAUUACAAUAAAAGGAAUAAUGAAGUUUUACACACAGGCAAAUAAUCAGUUAAUAAGUUUACAGAAAUUUGGGGACUUCUAUUAGUCACAAGAACUAGCAAAUGUAAGAUUCUUAAAGUAUUUGUUUCAUUGCACAUUGUACUAGUUGCUGUUUUUUGUAUUUGCCAGUAUUUUGUACCAAAGUAUAAAUAUUCUUGAGAUAAAAAAAUAACUCUAAAUCUUUUUUUGGUUUUAUUUACAAAUAAUAAGACAUCAU